CGCUGAGCUGGGGGAUCACCCGACGGAAGAUGGGGGCCGUGGUCACCAGACGCUUCCUAGAGUGCCUGCUGGGCCUCUACUUCCUCUCCCACAUCCCCAUCACCCUGUUCGUGGACCUGCAGGCGGCGCUGUCACCCGAGCUCUACCCGGUCGAGCUUACAGACCUGAAGAACUGGUAUUCAAAGGAGUUCAAAGACCCUCUGAUGCAGGAUCCCCCGGUGUGGUUCAAGUCCUUCGUGUUUUGCGAGCUUGUGUUUCAGCUACCUUUCUUUCCCAUUGCAGCAUAUGCUUUCUUCAAAGGAAGCUGCAGGUGGAUUCGCACACCUGCAAUCAUUUACUCCGUUCACACCAUAACAACUUUAAUCCCAAUUCUCUACACGAUUCUACUUGAGGAUUUCUCCAGAGCCAGUGCUUUCAAAGGACAAAGACCUGAGACGCUCCGGGAACGACUGACCCUCAUAUGUAUCUACACCCCCUACUUCAUCAUCCCUCUCAUUCUUCUAGUUUUCAUGUUGCGGAACCCCUACUACAAGUAUGAGGAGAAAAGAAAGAAAAAAUGAAGGAAACAGCCCCUAGCCCAGUGGG